UCGUUGGCACAAGUUUAGGUGAACGCCUCUAAACUAAACCAAAGUAUUAAAAUUUGAAAGUAUACUUAUUUAGAGACGCCACGAACAGCUGUCUCUGUGAUAGGAUUCUGCUCGUUGUGGCUAUGAUACAUGCGCUCGGGCCAACACUUGAAGAAAUUGUUCUCGUUGUAAUUUCUAAGUGUCUCUUUAUUGUUGUGUUGUUCUCAUUUUUAUUAUUCUAGUUUUUGGUAGUUACAAUCGUAGUCUCGAUUAUCUGCUAUUACGGGUUGGUAAGAUAUUUUAAUGAACACCAUCUAUUGUUGAACAACAAAAUAAUAUGUACAUAUACUGGCCCAGUCUUAUCCUAGGAUAUUGGCAUGAUAAAAGAUUGAUGAAGUAAUAACACACAAAGAUUUGUUAAGUAUUGUCAGCAAUUUCAAUAUUUCCAAAGAAUAUGCGGCAUCAUCUUAGAAAACACAUAAUUGCAUAAGUCGGUUGGAUAUUUAUCAGAUCCCAGCGAAUAAGACCAUGGAAACGUAUUAUUCAUGUAGCUGCUGUCUGGUGCGCCCUCCGGACAAAGGCCUCAAGACUCUAUACAAUCAUCUCGGCAAAGCAGAGAUUUAUUACGACAUGCUGAGAGAAUGUUUCGGUUUAAAUCUAAGUUUAGGAAAUGAGGAAUGUGGGAUCUGCGAGGUGUGCGUGGCGCGGCUGCGGGACGCGAGCGAUUUCAAGUUGCAAGUGCAGCGCGUGCAGGACGUGCUGCACAAGCGGCUUACGGGAGCACUCCCUGCCACUGAGGGUGACAACAUCAAAAUCAAGUUAGAGAAACCUACUGGAGAUGACGCCAUUUCGCGCGGGAUCAAGCAGGAGAGGCCGGAUGUGGAGGAGACAGCAGAGGCUGACAGCAACAUCGUAUCAGUUUCAUUAAACGAAGAAUCGCCAGCGCCUUUUGCUCAACCUGUUCCUACCGCGUCCCACAGCGUCUCGUACGCACCAGCUCCGAACGUUACCAGGCGCCGCUCCCACACUGGAGAGAAACCUUACGCGUGUAAUAUAUGCGACAGAAGAUUUGGACAGAAGGGCCAUUUAAAUGUUCAUUACGCAAACCAUAUAGGAAAAUUCCAAUUUACUUGCGAAAUAUGCAAAAGGGGAUUCGUACACAAACAUCAAUAUAUUACUCAUAUGCGAAUGCAUACUGGUGAAAAACCAUACGUAUGUGAUAUGUGCAACAAGAAAUUUAGAAAUAAAGGCCAAUUAAACCAACAUAGAAAUACUCAUGUGAAAUAUGACCAGAAUCGCGUUGAGCCAGGAGAAAUAACUACAUGCAAAAAAGAGCCGUCAGAAGAAUCAAAAGAUCAAGGACCCGCAAAAUGUUUUGCGUGUGAUAUAUGCAAAAAGCAAUUUGUGGAUAAACACUAUUUAGACGCUCAUUCCAAACAUCAUUCUGGAGAUUAUCCGUUCACCUGCGAUAUUUGUACAAGGAAAUUUAAUACGCAGUUUGCUUUGAAUACUCAUAAAGUUGAACACUCGGGAGGGAGACCUUUUAAGUGUGAAAAAUGUAAUAAAGGGUACUCAACGAAAGGUGCUUUAACUAUACAUUUGAAAGUUCACACUCAGGAUUAUAAGUUCGUAUGUCAUCUGUGUAGUAAAGGAUUUAUAACAAAGGAGUUAUUUAAUGUACAUAUGCGCGUACACACGGGAGAAAAACCUUAUACCUGUUUAACUUGUGGAACUAAGUUCCGCUAUAGAUAUAGCUUGAAGAAACAUUUAUUUGAGAAACACAACCAAGUUACGGACAAACAAUUCUGUUGUGAUGCUUGUGGGAAACGAUUUGCAUUACAGGAGAUUUUAGUAAAACAUAUGAAGAAACACGAAGUCCAGACUGAGAAGGAAAGGAGGAAGAAGGAAAAGGAGAAGAAAAAGGACCCCGCUGAUAAAAAGAAAGAACUAGCAUUUAUGUGUGAAAUAUGUAGCAAGCGAUUUACGACUUUAGGUAUUUUAAAUACCCAUAGAUUUAUACACAAUGAAGAAAAACCUUUCGAGUGCGAAGUAUGUCAUAAAAAAUACCGAACGAAGACGAAUUUACUGGACCACAUGCAGGUGCACGAGGAAAAAAAACACUCGUGUGAAGUAUGCGGCCAGCCAUUCAGACAUAAGUCUGCCUUGAAUGUUCAUAUCCGACGGUUUCACUCCGAAAACAGACCACAUAUUUGCGAUAUUUGUAAAAAAGCUUUUGUAGUUCUUGCUCAACUAAAAGAGCAUCAUCGGGUACACACUGGGGAGAAACCGUAUGCUUGCGAAAUAUGCUAUAAGAAAUUUCCGUGGCAAAACGGGGUUAAAAGACAUCUUAAACAAGUUCACAAUGAGAAACCUACGAGAUUUAUUAAAUUGACUGAAUUGAAUGAAUGUGAGUAAAUUAAAAGUGGCUUGUUGUGUAAAAUGUAGAAGACAUUGGAUACAAGAUGGCAUUGACAAAAACCACCCAUUGUUAGAGUCAUCAUUUUAUUCCUUUAUAGUUUUGCAAGGUCCGUCCGAGACUUUCAAAUAUAAAGCUACAAUUUUGAAUGGGUAUACAUUCACUCUAUCAAAAAAACAGCAUUAAAAUGUUUUGUUGUUGGAGGCGGGGUGGCCUUGGUCCCAAGACUAAGGGCCAGUUGCACCAACCACAUUUGACAGACUGAUCAUCGUCAGCCGGCGCGCCCCGGCGCUUUACUAUAAAACUUUCCAUACAUAACAAUUCAGCGAACUUUUUAACGAUACGAACAGUUUGGUGCAACCGACCCUAAUAAUAAGGAUCGAGGAAAGAAUAUUUCGGGGUGACAGUCUCGACUCCCCUGUGCUUUGUGGCAAGCUUUAUGAACCAAAUAACCAAUACUUUUGGUACUACUGAAGACUGUCGAAGUUUCAAUAAUAUUAUCUAAAGGGAGUUCUCUCAUUGAUUCAUGCAUAACCGCAUGUACAGUGGGGAUAGUCCACAACGUUCGAAUGCAAUGUCGUUCAUAUUUCGCUCAGAACCAGAAACCUAUAAAGGUAAGGAUGAGAGCAUUGUCUGUAGUAGAAGGAACGCUUUUUCAAAAGACCUUUAUAAAAAAAAGAAUGAUAAUGUUAUCAGUCGAUCAGCUUUGUUAUGUGAAUUGUGGAUCAAAUGUCCAUAUUGCAAUAAAGUGAAAAAUUAUAUUUAAAAUCUGACAAUCGUAUUCUACUUACGAUACACUCCUAACAAAAUGGCAUGUAAUCGUGACGUCACUAUUGCGUAGAGGCCGCCUUGAAGUAUGGAAAACAAGGAGAUUGCGAUUUUGUCGGUGAAAUAUUGCGUUUAUGUGUAAAGCUGCUGUGGUUUUUUUUUUAUAAAAUGUAAAGAAUCAAAUAGUACCACUUUUUUUUCUAUUUAGUUAAGAAAAACUUAAAUGUAGAAACUUUGAAGUCCUGAUGUUUUUUAUAAUUUUCAUAUAUUUUUAAAAUGUCUAAUGUAUUAUGUUAUGAUCAAUUGUUCAUUGUCUAUCUAUUUAACUAGAUUUUAUUAUAAAAUUGAACAUGUGUUAUCAUUAUCAUUCCUAUAGUAGAGGCUGUGCGGAAAGAGAAGAGUCGUGAAAUGUAUGGGAUCCAAUACAUUGUACGACUCUUCUCUUUCCGCACAGAUUCUACCAUAAGUACAUUAGUAAAUUACUUAAUAGUUAUUAGCCCGGUGGCAACAAAGUGCGCGGCUUCAACGCCUUAGGGCUGCGCUAGAUUAAAUGAUUGUUUAAAAAAAGUAUUAUUAUGUCCAUGUGUUAUGUGUAGAUACAUAUUACUUUAGAUUUGACACAUUUGCUAUGGUGUCUUAUUCUUUAGAUGAGUUCCUCCAAAUGUAGUAAUAUUAAGUAGAAAUUAUAGUUUUAAGUAAACAAUGUGAUAGAUUAAGACCACGUACAUAGUAAUAUAGCUUUAACAUUUGCAUGCUUAACCAGCAAAAUGUCACGGUACGGGCAAAUCUGUCCAAUAGGUGAUAUGUAAAUAUUUUUUUUGUUAUGAAUCGGGCUUAGGAUUUUAAGUUUGUAUAAAUUAUAUUUGACCUCUAAUGUACCACCAUACCUACACAAUGCCCUACUAUAAUGUCUAGCAAUAAAAAUAAAAAUUAGACUAAGUACAUCUUUUAGGUGGUCUU